UCUCUUCCAAUUUUUUUGAACUUAAAACCUUUACUUUUUUUCUCCUUUGUGGUAGAGAAGACAAGUAUAGAACCAGAUCUGGUACGCAAGAACGCUCUAUUUCAAUACACAGAUCGAAUAAGAUGUCGCAGAAAUCAUUGAUCUAUACUUUUGUAUCGCGUGGAACUGUGAUCCUCACAGAGUUCACCGAAUUCAGCGGUAAUUUCAACUCAAUCGCCUUCCAAUGUCUCCAGAAGCUUCCUGCAACGAACAACAAGUUCACUUACAACUGCGAUGGUCACACCUUCAAUUAUUUAGUCGAUAACGGAUUCACAUACUGUGUUGUUGCAGAUGAAUCAGUUGGAAGGCAGAUUCCUAUUGCUUACCUAGAACGGGUUAAGGAUGAUUUCACAUCUAAGUAUGGUGGUGGAAAAGCUGCAACAGCUACUGCUAAUAGCCUGAAGAAGGAAUAUGGGCCAAAGUUAAAGGAACAUAUGCAAUACUGUGUAGAUCAUCCAGAUGAAAUUAACAAGCUUUCCAAAGUGAAAGCUCAAGUUUCUGAAGUCAAAGGCGUUAUGAUGGAGAACAUUGAGAAGGUUCUGGAUCGUGGAGAGAAAAUUGAGGUAUUGGUGGAUAAAACUGAGAACCUUCAUAAUCAGGCACAGGACUUUAAAAACACUGGAACAAAAGUAAGGAGGAAGAUGUGGCUGCAAAAUAUGAAAAUCAAGCUUAUUGUUCUGGGAAUUCUCAUAGCUCUCAUCCUCAUAAUAAUCCUUUCUGUUUGUCACGGUUUCAACUGCGGAAAGUAAGCACAUAAUAUUUUUACAUUGCAAGGAAUCUCCUCCCCGCCGCUGUUAGUAGUAUGUCAGAGUUCUAUUCUUCUGUAUUUGCGUAUGCGAUGAUGAUCGUGUUGGGUGUGCUAUUGUUCUUGUUUUAUUUUGUAUCUAGUUGGACUUUUAGUAGAUAUAGCCAUAUGUGGGCGAUGAAGUUUUUUUGUUUUUUUUCUUCUUCUUUGUUUUCCAAAUAUAAUGAAUCUUAAGAAAAACAGCAUUCAUAUUAUUGCUGGAUUUAUGCUAUAUGGGUAAUGCCUGGUUUGGUUCGA